GCUCUAAGCAGACCCAAAAGAGCGCUGGAAGAAAAAAGAACUAAGCUGACAAUAGAAGAGAAAAUCGUGACGUCAGAAAUGAACUCAAACCACUCAAAGUUCAUUUUGUGAGUGACUUUAACAUUUUUGCCUAGUUUGACAGCUACCUCGUUCCCAGGUUUUCUGUGGGAGAGAAAAGGAGGCGAAUACUUUAUGAAAAUCAUACCUGUCAAAAUUCCUAGCCUCAAAAUUUUGUCGCGAGUUGCUUUUCUCCUCUUAUAGGAAAAUGGGCGUCGCCCAAUGCAUUCUAGAUUGAUUAGAAUACAUUUUGAAAGUAUGUUUUUUAUGGCUUGCAAAUGGAAUUGAAUAACUUUUAGUAAAAGUGAAAAUAACAGAAAUGUUCACGAAAAGUUGGUCUACUCGUUGUUGUACUUGGUUUAAGUAAAUUUCAAGGAACACUCCAGAUUAUCCAGCAUCAUUCAAACACGAUCGGCUUAUAGGGCUUAAAAUGGGUUUAUUUCCCCUAACUAUUCAACAACUGAAUGAAACUUUACAGUUUUCAAUACAAAGCUGUAGGACUCUAAACUGAACCGAGUAGACCACAUCCGGACAUAAUUUGUUCAGCAAAAGUCGAGAAAAUUAAAUGCAUAUUUAUUAUCAAAAUCUCCUCACACGCACAGAUAUUUGCUCAGAAUAUGAUGUUGAGCCAAUAAAUAUAAAUAAAGAUGGGUCAAAAGUUCAUUUUUCGAAUGAUUGUAUGGCCUCUCCUCGAUGAGGAAAGCAAAAAGCACCAGAAGUCGCUGGAAUCGCUGGUGUACAGUCAGACUUGCAAUCCAAAGGUCGUCAGUUGUCAGCUUGUUCGGUACAAGAAACGUGCCAGAACCAAAGAAAAAAAAAUCAAGUUUUUCAACCUUAAAUUUGAAUGACUUUCGGUGUUUGAAAUUUUUCCUAGAACAUUUCAUUUCCCUUUAUAGGUCCCUAGUCACUUCGAAUCCCGGGGAUUCAGAAACUAGUUCAGGUACUCUCCCUGCCCAUGUUUUGAACGCCUAGGUUCUAGUAGAAAUAUUGCAAUAGAGACCGUUAUGAGCUGUGGGUUGUAGAGCAAACGAUUAACACAAGUUAAGUCAAGCAUUAUUAAAUUGAUAGAUAUCAGCAAUCAUCUAUAAAGACAAGGAGAAACGAUAGCCCAGUUAGUCUCAAAACAACUCUCAACAACAAACAUGCCACUUCGUGUAGCUCUUCUUCAGCAAGUCAUAACCGGCACAAAAGUUCAAAUUCUCCAAAACGCCGUCAAACAGAUCCAGUCCGCGGUUUCCCAACACCAACCCAACCUCGUAAUACUCCCGGAAAGCUUCAACUGUCCGUACGAUGAAGAAGCCCUGCGCGCUAGCGCCGAAGAAAUUCCCUCCGGAACAACCAGCGUAGCACUGCGUCAGGCCGCCAUCGACUGUGGGGUGUUCAUCGUCGGAGGUUCGAUCGUGGAGCGUUCAUCAUCCGGCCAGCUGCACAACACGUGCACCGUGUGGAGUCCCCGCGGGCAACUGGUGGCCAAGUAUCGCAAGAUUCACCUGGGAGAUUCGAACGCUUCGGUGGAACCGGCUACAGUGAACGAAUCGGCGCUGUUCACCGCUGGCGAUCAACCGGUCACAUUCAACGUUGGAUCGGUGAAGAUCGGCCUCGGUAUCUGCUGGGAUAUGCGAUUUCCCGAGCUUGCCGCAGCGUACCGUCGGCAGGGGUGUCAGCUACUGAUCUACCCGUCGUUGUGUGAUGUUCGGACGGGUGGCAUGCACUGGGAACUGAUAGCUAGUAGUUUGGCGCUGAACAAUCAGCUGUUUGUGGCGUUCUGCUCACCGGCUAGGGAUGAGAAGGCGAAGCUGGUGGCGUUUGGACAUUCGCUAGUCGCGGAUCCUUGGGGGGAAAUUUGCGUCGAAGCUGGAGAGCAGCAGGAGGUUGUGGUUGCCGACCUGAAUUUUGCUUUGAUUGAGGAAGUCGGAAUGAAGAUUCCAGUGUUAAAGCAGCAGAAAAGCUUCUUGGAUGAGUCAUAAUAAAAGCAGCCCUAGACUGCCCCAUUUUUGCAAUCGUCUGCACUUCUGUAUCAGUUUGACCUACCUUGUUUUGACUUUUCCCGAAAGCUCAAGACAGAUAACUGAAGGUUCAAGCAAUAAAUAGCGAUCGUCCAGUUGCAGU